AGACGAAACAGAAGCUGUAAAAAAACAUGAACUAAGCAAUGCAUUGGUUUGCGCUUCAAAAGCGUACGUGCAGUAAACAUUAAAUUCCUAUCCUUAAAAUUAUAUAUUCAAGAGCAUGCUGAUGCGCCGCUCUUCUUUAGACGCCAAGCAAACAGUUGCUUGCUUGUACUGCUAAUUUCUUUUGUUAUUUCAUCCAGAAAGGUCUAACGGCUCUUUACCUUUAAUUUAAAAAUGAGAGCCUUCCAUUUAUUGUCAGUGUCGUGCCUAUGGAUUUUUGCGCCAGCUGCAUUUGGAGAAAACAUCAAUCCAUUAAUACCGGGGCAAAGAAACAGCAGCGACUGUGGUGGUACCCGGCCCUGCCCAAAUCCAGAUGCGAAUUUGGUAGAUCCGGACACCGUAACAGAUGAACCUCCAGCACCGCCCACAAAAGACCAGAUCGACAAGGACACCAUCCAGUGCACCUAUUACCAGGACUAUCAAACUGAGUGUCAGACCCAGUGCAGCGAGGAUCCGGUCGUUUGGGAAAUAGAUCCCUCCAAGAAUAUGAAAAUUAUGCAUCGCGAAUGUUACAGCAAGAAAGUCUGGCACUUCAAAUGGGAAGAAAGUGACGGUGUGAUCGACUCCACGGUUUUUCCGAAAGCCAAAUUUCGCCCGGACAAUGAAGUGGUAGCAAUUUGUACGUUUUCCAAAACCAAAAAAUAUUUUGACUGCGCGGGUGUCGCCGUGUGUGAUCCAAAACGAAGCGGCAUUGACCAGUGCAGCGGUGGUCUACCAUGGCGCGGACUGAAAUGGAGCGGCGAUCCACUGAAAGAGAAAAGCCCGAAGGGGAACAUAACAUCCUAUGCGCAAAAUGCACCGAGCAGCGAUACUGAAGAACCGGAACCAGACACAACGACGACAACCCGUAAGUCGCGACGAACACCACGUCACCCUCUCCCUACAACGACGGAAUCCGAUACUGGCAAUGCUGAUUCCCAAACGGAUAAGCCUUCCAUUAUAUAUGUGAUUUUCGUGUCUCCAGUUCAGAGCUUCUUCUCUCGUCUUUUCCAACCCGUGAGAUCGUGGUUCAGCCGUGGGAUUUUUGACAGCUUUUACGACCGUUGAAUAUUUCAUAUAAAAACGAUUCGCUCAAAUGGAUGAAGAUUCUAGCUGGUCUAAAUGGCCUGAGCUUAUAAUUCUAAUGUGCAACUAAUCCGGAUACGAUGUUACAGAUUUAAAUCCGCUGUAUAAUUUUUUCGCACCGGAACUUCGCACGAACAUGUUCCCACGCACAGUUAAAUGGUUCGAUUGUUGCUUUUGACAGUGCUUGUGCUUAGUUCUGGAAAAGUUUUGCUAUGUGACCUGCAUGUUGAAUUUGUUUUACUAAAUAUCGGUAGAGUGCAGAAGCCUGGAAAUUUCAAAUUUGCUACAGCAAAA